UUGAACAGAAACAACAAGCGUCAAACGCAUUUUUUUUAUGUUACAUCAAUUUUGCUGAUAAUUUUUUUUUCAAAUCUGAGAGCUUGUUUCAAACAUUUCAGUUCUCGUAGACAUCAACUUGUGAAGGUAUUGACCUUUUUAUAAAAGUCUGUCGGUGAUCAAAACUUGAUAAAAUGUUUGGCCCAAUUCGACGUUUGACUAGACAAUAGUUAUUUAUAUUUUUAGAGAUGAUGCAUUUCCGUCUGUUCAAACCUGUUUCAUAUAUACUCGAGAAUGAGCUGGCAUCUUUAAAUAAAACAAGUUUCAUUUUCUGCAUUAUUUGACGUGCUAUGUAAACAACGUAUCUUUUGUGUUCAGUUUUUAUAAAAGCAACAAAACAUAAGCUUGGUACUACUUUUUGCGAAGUCUGUUCAAAGACUAAUGUUACAAAUAUGUAAGUUAUGGUAUAUAAUUUCACACAGAAUUAAGAUUUGCGCAGUGAAAAACCGCAAAAAAAUUAGUUAAUGUCAUCAAAUUUAUCUGGGGCAAGAAGACGCCAUUUCUUCAGAAAAUGACUUUUUAACAGACACUUUCAAAACUGAGUGAUGUAAAUUCAAUCUUUAAUGUGGUUGCCGGUAGAUUUCCCUCUGAAGUGUUGCGUGACCUUUAUGACAUGCAAAUGGUAUCAUCUGCCAAAACACCCCUGCUAACCAAAAAGGUUGGCUGAUUGAUCGCGUCACUCAAAAUUCAUGAAGAAUUCUACAACAAAAAGAGAGUAAUCAAAAAUUACACAAUCAUCGUCAAAACGUCAAAAAAUUGCUCGAAUUAACUUCAAAUCAGAACUUUGUCAUCUGAUAAGCUUUUAAUAUUGAAUGCACUGUUCGAUGUCAGCUAUAUACAAUCGAAUGUAGCAAAGUAUAUUACGAAGUUAUGAAUCAUAACCAUAACCAGCGAAAUUUUAUUCACACCGCGGCUUCGGCGCACCACGUGCCCCAUGGCCGGAGUCGAUCACAAGGGGGGAGCAUUACCGAGUCAAAUCAUCGAAAUUCUAUGAAUCAUGCCUCGCCUCCUAUCCUACCCCCGAGGUCAAGUCUAGUCCUGAACAAUCUCCCGCCUCAGAUAUCUGGUAACCCUCAAAUAAACCCCGCAAUGAACCCAAAUCAGGGUCAAUUUCAUAACCCACGUCAAAUUAGCAAUCAUCAGUUUUCAUCUGCCCAUCAAAUACCUCAGUCCAUACAGCCUAUGCAACCACAACAACAAAUACAACAACAACAACAUUCCGGCUCAAACUUCAACAGCUACCAACGAAAUCAGUUCUUCCAACAUCCUUCAGGUGUUUACAAUGGUAGUAACAACACCACGUCAAUACCCCACCAUGGCUUAUCUCACAGCUACAGACGCAGUCCUGAAGAAAACGGAGGGCGAGAACGAGGGGGAGGGAUGAGUUACCCUCAAGAAUUCGUCCCCUCCAUUUCACGACCUUCGAUGACUCAUCAGAAUUGGGGCCAGAGCAACAGUAGUAGUCAGUUGAGGGGCGCACAUCAUCAUCAGCAGCAGUCGUCGCUGGUAUCUACGCAAAACCAUCAGCCUGUUCAGAGCACUUCGCCAGCCGAAGAUUACUACCCCUCACGGCAAAGACAGAGAAACUCAAGUGGUCCAUUAAACACGAGUGAAAAACUACCGCCCAAGAGACCCGCCCCUUCACAGCCAUCGAUUAAUCAGGGGGGACCUGUGGUGACGUUCAACCUGCAGAACAAAUCCCCCCAGAAUGAAGCGUUUGAACAACUCAUUGGAGAGAAUAAGGUGUUGCAGUCUGAGAACAGUCAGAUGCGGCAGUUGUUGGACUCGAAGGCAACCAAUGACAUCCAACUGCAACUUCUGCAGAAGGAAGUGGCGACCGCCAAUGAGUCCAAAAUGAACCUACGAAAUGAUCUGUUUGCCGCGACUGAAAAACUCCGGUACGCUAAAACAGAACAGGAGAAGUUAGUUAAGACAAUCGACGCUCUAAAUAAUGAGCUGAACAGCUACCGGUCGAACCAUGCCAAAACUCAGGACUUCUGCGACCAACUGGCAUCGGAGUUGGACAACGAGAAGAAAAGAAUAGAAGAACUCAGAAGUCAAAACCACAAUCUCUCUGGAGACAACGAAUCUCUGAAGCAAGAGAACCGAGAUCUCCGGCGGGACCUAGAGAGGGCGAACAGUGACCUUCAAAGACUCAAGCAGGAACUGCAGAGUCGGGCUAAUCUAAUUUCCCAAUUCGAGCAGAACUGCCGCUGUGGUGCUCAACUAGACAACUCGGAUCUGAACCCAAACCCUCAGCAGUUUCCGAUGGGUGAGACUAAUCCAGGUGCUAAUUUGGGGGGAUUCAUGGGCAGUUCAUCUCCAAAAGGUGCUUUCCACAAAUCUGCGGGUAGCUCUGCCGGCAACUCAGACAAAAGUGGAAGCAGUGGUGGUGCAGGUGACCUUACUGGCCCUGUGUCUUCUGCUAACCAUCUAUCAUCUUCUCAACUUGAGUCCGAGUUGAAAAAGCAACGGAGCUCCAUCGCCCACCCGCCUCGUGCCAAUCGUAAUCUAGAACCCCAAUUGAACCAAAUUGUACAAUUCUCAGCCACUCACAAAUCAGCAUCGGCUGAAGAUUUAAAUACGCUGGAAAAGCGAGCAAAAAAAUCUGUCUUGGAAGACGGUAUUAGACAAAACCAAGGCAUGAGGUAUUACCAGAAGAACAAAAGUACCAGCCAAUCAUUGACUAAAAUGUCGAUCCAGAAUAAACUCUACCACAGCCAGAGAACUGCGGGCAAGUAUAGCCAGGGCGGCAGUCAGCACUCGAGCAGCAAGUCUUCACUAGGAUUGACUAGCGGGUAUUAUGAAGAACUCCCAGUAGAAUCGGCCGAAACACAGGGUGAAUUACAAAUGCUGUACACGACACCUGUUACCGAAUGGAACGCUCACUUGGUCGAAAUAUUUUUCAAACUACACUUGAAAAUGUCAGAGAGCUUCUCCACUCAAGCCGCGCAGCAAAUCAAAUCAGGAAAAAAUCUAAUGGGCUUGACCCCAAAUUCGGCCAAAAACUUCCUCGGCAUAAAAGACGAGACCCAAAUCAAACGUGUUCUGGUGCAUAUCCAAGUCGUCUGCAGGGAUCCCGAAAUGCCUCAAGAUGUGAUCAAAUAUCAAGGGGUGAAAAAGAUGGACCACAUUUGGGUUGCCAAUCACUUCCUAACACACCUGGGCUUGCAUAUGCUGUGCGACCAUUUCCGAUCUAGUUUUGUGGACAUGAUUCUGCUGCUGACUCUAAACGAGAAAGAGAUUGCCAACUUGUGUGCUAAGGCGAUUCUGAACCCGAAAGUGGCAGCCAAAAGUAUCCACCUGGGAAUAAGAAUGCUGAGAGAAUUGGAUUUCAUGCAAACGGACUUCAAGCGCAGGAAGAUGAAGCCCCAGGCGAAGUUGCAGAGUCUGGCCAAUGAGAGGAGACUGCACCCUGAUAGCCAGAAGGGGAGGGAGAGAGAGACUGUUGGAGAUUUGCUGGUGUGGAGCAGCGAGACAUUCAUGAAUUGGCUCAAGUCCAUCGACUUCGAUGAUGCAACGGUGAACAAGCUGAAGAACACGGGAAUCAAUGGCUGUUUCAUCGCCUACUCUGCCUUUUCUGCCAAGGAGCUGGCCAUCGUCCUAGAGUUGAGAUACGACAACGAAGAUCCCACUUUCAGACAUCUCAGGGAAAACUACGAUGUGCUAGUCGAGGAAACUAGGAGGCAGAUUAAACAGGCCAAAAAGGAGAACAGUAGGAAAAAGAAGUUGAGCAGACAGAGCAACACCAUCUCCAAUACAGAGGGACAGAGAAUUCUGCAGGAACAGCAGCAGCAGCAACACAACUCAGUCAAGAGAAGCCUCAGCAACUCGUGGAGCAAAGCUUCCAGACUCAUACGUAGAAGUGGUUCGAGAGGCUCUUCUCGAGCCAGUUCCAGGGAAGGAUCUCAGGACAGACGCAGUGUGGCAAGCACUGGAGCUAUCGCCAUGACACGUGACUCGUUCGCCUCAACAAGCACAGGAGCCUCGCACCCUUAUUCAGUCAACAACGACUUCAAAUCACUUUCGAGACCUUACUCACCCAAUUGAUAUGUUCCUUAACAAAAAGAUGAUACCCGAAAUAUCUCGAAAUUGAAACUCUAAUUUUAGUUGCAUUUUUAAAAGAAAUUGUCCAAAUUUUGAUGAAUAUGCUAAUUUCUAAAUCAAUUUUCGAAUUUUGUAAAAAGCAGUUUGCAUUUA